AACAACCAACACAAUCUCAAAAAACCAAUUAUCCAUUUUCUCCAAUUCUUCUUCAAAAAAUAGAAAUAUCUUUCUUUUUUCUUGAUUAUAUAUUCACUAUAAUCAUAUUCUUUUUUUUGCGUCUACUUAGAUCUAUCGCGACUUAAAAAAAACUUCAUUUUCUUCAAGAACGAUUACCCUUCUUUCUUUUUUCAACAUUUCAUAUAGUUCGUCAAUUCAGUGCUUUAUUUUUCGAGUUUGAAAAAAGAUGGGGAUAGAGAAUUGGUCUUUAUUAGGAAAACUAAAAAGGGCAGUAAAAAAGAUUACUUUUUUACUGAAUUUUGAUAUCAACAAAUGGAAAUUAGCAUCAUAUUUGAUUGGGAAAAAGCCAUAUCAUCAAUUGAGUUUCAAUGAGAAGAUUUUGCAAAAACAACCAACUGGAUUAAAUGUAAUAUGUAAUGAUGAAAAUGAUGAUCAAGAUUUGGCUAAAAAUGGUUCAUCUAAAGGACUUCAAAGAACUAUGAGUUAUCCAUCAUCAGAGGAUGAUAUUGAUAAAAGGGCUGAAAUGUUUAUUGCUAAUUUUUAUAAUCAGCUAAGACUUGAAAGACAGAUUUCAUUGGAGUUAAGGUAUUGUAGAGGGAAUAGUUUUGGAUCUUCAACGUCUCCGUGAGAAGAACAGAGACGGAUUCAGUAUUUUAAGUUUAUGAAUUCAAGAUUUCGCGUGUUUUUUUGACUUUUGACUUUUUCUAAGAUUUUUUAAGGUGUGUAUAGAUUUUUGUGAAGAAAGGGGGUGGAGAUUGUCUGGUUUUGUUAAAGAUGAUCUUCAUUGCUAAAACUUGUAUAAACAGAGCAUACAGUUUUUCAUUAGUAUGCUUUUCUUCUUU